CCUCGGCCCAGGCCAAGCCAAGCUUCUCUCUGCACCUGCUCUCAAUCUCCUUCUCGCCAUGAGCGUUCGCCUGCAGAGUUCCUCCGCCAGUUAUGGAGGUGGUUUUGGGGGUGGCUCUUGCCAGCUGGGAGGAGGCCGUGGUGUCUCUUCCUGUUCAACCCGGUUUGUCUCUGGUGGCUCAGCUGGGGGACUCGGGGGUGGCCUGAGCUGUAGCUUUGGUGGAGGGGCUGGUAGUGGUUUUGGUGGAGGCUUUGGAGGUGGCAUUGGUGGGGGUUUUAGUGGUAGCUUUGGUGGGGGUUUUGGCGGUAGCUUUGGUGGUGGUUUUGGUGGUGGCGAUGGCGGUCUCCUCUCUGGCAAUGAGAAGAUCACCAUGCAGAACCUCAACGAGCGCCUGGCCUCCUACUUGGACAAGGUGCGCGCCCUGGAGGAGGCCAACACGGAGCUGGAGGUGAAGAUCCGCGACUGGUACCAGAAGCAGGCCCCGACCAGCCCCGAGCGCGACUAUAGCCACUACUACAAGACCAUCGAAGAGCUCCGGGACAAGAUCCUGGCUGCCAGCAUCAAUAACAACAGGGUCAUCCUGGAGAUUGACAAUGCCAGGUUGGCUGCGGAUGACUUCAGGCUCAAGUAUGAGAACGAGCUGACCCUGCGCCAGAGCGUGGAGGCCGACAUCAACGGCCUGCGCCGCGUGCUGGAUGAGCUGACCCUGUCCAAGACCGACCUGGAGAUGCAGAUUGAGAGCCUGAAUGAGGAGCUGGCCUACAUGAAGAAGAACCAUGAGGAGGAGAUGAAGGAGUUCAGCAACCAGGUGGUCGGCCAGGUCAAUGUGGAGAUGGACGCCACCCCAGGCAUCGACCUGACCCGCGUGCUGGCGGAGAUGAGGGAGCAGUACGAGGUCAUGGCGGAGAAGAACCGCCGGGACGCGGAGGAAUGGUUCCAGAGCAAGAGUGCAGAGCUGAACAAGGAGGUCACUUCCAGCACCGCCAUGAUCCAGUCCAGCAAGACAGAGAUCACGGAGCUCAGGCGCACGCUGCAGGGCCUGGAGAUCGAGCUGCAGUCCCAGCUGAGCACGAAAGCCGGGCUGGAGAACUCGCUGGCAGAGACAGAGUGCCGCUACGCCCUGCAGCUGCAGCAGAUCCAGGGGCUCAUCAGUAGCAUCGAGGCCCAGCUGAGCGAGCUGCGCAGUGAGAUGGAGUGCCAGAACCAGGAGUACAAGGUGCUGCUGGACAUCAAGACACGGCUGGAGCAGGAGAUCGCCACCUACCGCAGCCUGCUCGAGGGCCAGGACGCCAAGUAGGUCCCUCCAGCCUCCCUCUGCGGAACGUAGAGCAGGCAGGGCCUCAAAGGUCAGCCCGCUGGUGUCAGAGAGGGGACCGUCCCCUGUCUGAGCCUGAAGACGAUCUCUUGAAUCAGGCUGUGGGGACAUUUAAAACCUUUCU